CUCGCAGCUCUGGCGCCAUGGGCAGAUUGUAUAAAUACCCGCAAGUCGCUUGCUUUCUUCUGGGCUUCUCUUGAUACUCGCUAACAGACCACCAUGUACCGCCAGAAUAUCGGUUUGAGUGUCAAACUCAACCUUAACAGUGCUCUUUCGAGAUCCACAAAGCCUAGCACCUUUCGCUGUUUUAAUGCUCUUAGAAAUCCCACCGCUCUCAGAGACGUCAACAGCACAUUUCCAGCCUUAAAUGUUAUCUCCCGUCACUAUUCAGCUGUUUCAAACGACAUCCCUCCAUCCAAAUCUCCUUCUUCCUUCAGGAAAUUUAUGAAAUACUCCUGGAAAUUCACCUGGAUAUCUUCGUUGUUCACCCUUUCCUACUUGGUCUACCUCAUCUACGACGAAAACAAUCCUAAUUUAAAGCAGGUUCCCCAUGAUAAGAACAAAAAGAACUUGAUCAUCCUAGGUUCCGGUUGGUCUUCUAUAUCCUUGUUGAAAAAUUUAGAUACUACUUUAUACAAUGUCACAAUAGUUUCUCCCAGAGAUUUCUUUCUCUUCACUCCUUUAUUGCCUUCUGUUCCCACUGGAACUUUAGACUUGAAUUCAAUCACCGAACCUUUGCAACAAAUCAUCAAAAGAACCAAGGGCCAAGUCAACUACAUUGAAGCUGAAGCAACUAAUAUUGAUCCUGUUUUAAAAAAGAUUUCUCUUAAAUCGGUUUCUGUCAACAGCUCAAAUAACACAUCCGAAAAGGACGAAAAUGAAAAUGAAUCUGAAACAAUUAUUAAAAACUACGAUUUAAACUACGACGUCUUGGUUGUAGGUGUUGGCGCUAAGGUUAACACCUUUGGUAUUCCUGGUGUUCAAAAAUACGCCUGCUAUUUAAAAGAAGCCUCCGACUCCUCAAAGAUCCGUAAAAACAUACUCAAAACAAUUGAAGCCGCCUCAAUAUUGCCAAAGGAUGACCCAGAAAGAGAAAGACUAUUAUCAAUGGUUAUAGUAGGUGGUGGUCCAACUGGUGUGGAAUUCGCUGGUGAAUUACACGACUAUAUUCAUGAUGACUUGAAAAAAUGGAUGCCUCAAAUUGCUGAUGAAAUCAAAGUAACCGUAAUCGAAGCUUUACCAAACAUCUUAAAUAUGUUUGAUAAAAAACUAAUUGAUUAUGCUGAACAUAUCUUGAUUGAUGAAACUUCAAUUAAUUUGCAAACUAAAACUUUAGUCCAAAAUGUCGAUCAAUCAAACGUUUACGCAAAAUUGGUCACUGACAAAAACAAUAUUAACGAAAACCAAAACCAAAAUCAAAUAAUCAAAAUACCUUAUGGUGUACUAGUAUGGGCUACUGGUAAUGGUCAAAGAGAAAUCACAAAUAAUUUAAUCCAAGCUAUUCCUUCUCAAAAUAAUUCAAAACGUGGUUUGUUGGUUGACGAUUGUUUAAAUGUUAUUGGUGCUAACGAUAUCUUUGCUUUUGGUGACUGUACUUUUACGAAUUAUGCUCCAACUGCUCAAGUUGCCUACCAACAAGGUAUCUAUUUAGCUGAUCAUUUGAAAAGCUUAGCUAAAAUCGAUAUUCUAAAUGAAAAAUUAUCAGAUUUGAAUAUUUUAAAACAAAAAAAUCUCCCCGAAACUAACAUUAACUAUAACAAAGAAAUUAAAACUCUAUCCAAAAAAUUAAUCAACUAUCAAAACAGCUUACAUGGUUUUACUUAUCAUCAUAUGGGGUCCUUAGCUUAUAUCGGUUCUGAUAAGGCAAUUGCUGACUUAUCUUGGAAAGAUUGGCAAACUAUUUCAACUGGUGGUAUAAUGACUUUUGUAUUUUGGAGAACUGCUUAUGUAUCAAUGUGUUUAAGCAUGAGAAAUAAAGUAUUGGUUUGUCUUGAUUGGUUUAAAGUCGGUCUCUUUGGUAGAGAUUUAAAUCCAAGAGAUACUUGAUUUACUCAUUAAUUUAGUUCAAUAGCUAUAUCAUUCAAUAUUCUAUAUUCGUUAUAUUUGGUUUGUUUGUGUUUUUUUUUGUUUUUUUUUUUAUUUUUUUCAUCUUAAUUUCAUAUCCUU